CGACGACGACGAGCUGCUGCUGCUGUUGCUGCGGAUGCGGCUGCGAGGGUCGCGGCGCCGCCGGGGUCCUCCGGCUGCGCCUGGAGAGCCGCCUGGGAAGCAGCGCUGGCGGCGCGCUGCUGCUGCGCCCCCUCGCCUGCUGCUGCUGCAGGAGCAGCAGCAGCAGCGGGAGCAGCAGCAGCAGCGGGAGCAGCAGCAGCGGCGGGAGCAGCAGCAGCGGCGGCGGGAAGCGCAGAAGGCUGCAAAGAAGGGCUGGAAGCCCCCGCAGGAGCAGCAGCCCGCGGCUGCGGAGCCGGGCGGCUGA